AUGGCAUUAGCUAAUGUACUUGGUUUUAAUUCCAAUGAUGGAUUCAAUCGUUCACUUCAGUGUAAAAAAACUGAUGCUAACAUUGAUGAAUUUUGUCCAAAAUUAAAUAUAGAUAAUAUUGCAAAUUUUAUUACUUUACCACCUUAUGCUGAUCCUGCGAAAUAUUUAAAAAUGAUUAAUGAAAAUGUUGAUCGAGUUAAAAUAAAAUUUCUUAAAGGUACAACAACAUUAGCAUUUAAAUUUCGUAAUGGAGUUAUAGUAGCUGUUGAUAGUCGUGCAACAGCUGGUGGUUUUAUUGCUUCUGGAGAAGUCAAAAAAGUUAUUGAAAUUAAUCCAUAUCUAUUGGGUACAAUGGCUGGUGGUGCUGCUGAUUGUGCUUUUUGGGAACGUGUACUUGCACGACAUUGUCGUAUAUAUGAAUUACGUAAUAAAGAAAAAAUAUCUGUUGCUGCUGCAUCAAAAAUUCUUGCUAAUAUGAUUUUCGAGUAUCGUGGAAUGGGUUUAUCAAUGGGUACAAUGAUUGUUGGUUGGGAUAAACGAGGUCCUGGUUUAUAUAUGGUAUCAGAUGAUGGUGAACGUAUUAGUGAUAAUUUAUUUUCAGUUGGUAGUGGAUCAAUAUAUGCAUAUAGUAUUCUUGAUGCUGGUUAUAAAUAUGACAUGAGUACAAAUGAUGCAAUUGAUCUUGCUCGUCGAGCUAUUGUACAUGCUGCACAUCGUGAUGCUGCUUCAGGAAAUAUUGUUCGAAUCUAUCAUAUGAAAGAAACUGGUUGGGAAAAGAUUGAAGAAAAAGAUACAAAUGAUUAUAUGUAUCAAUAUCUUGAAGAUAAAACGAUGAAUUUUUAA